CUAACUGGGGGAAAGGUAACUGGAGUGUUUUGUUGGAGUCUGCACAACCAGGGCAUGACUCGCCGCGCACUUGACCUGCAUGACAAAUAUCUCAACAAAAGAGGACGACGAGAGCCCAAACCCAUCAGAAAAUAAUUAUACUGCACUGAGGAAAUCAUCUGCAACUAGCUGAGGCGUCGCGAUGGACAACCAAGUGUCCCAGUCCACUCCUGAACGCACGUUCCAGUAUCAGGACACUCUGCCUUCGCUCCCCGUGCCUUCCCUGGAUGGAACCCUCAGGAAAUAUCUGGACUCAGUGAGACCUUUCACAACUGAAGCAGAGUUUCAGAAAACUGUCAGCAUAGUGAAGCAGUUUGGCGAGGGUGUUGGACGUGACUUACACAAGAAACUACUUCAGAGAGCCAAGAGUCAGAGGAACUGGCUGGAAGACUGGUGGCUGGAUGCCGCCUACCUUGAGAUCCGCUCACCGUCUCAGCUGUACGUGAACUUCGGCGGCCCGGCGCCGUACCUAGAGCACUGCUGGCCGCCAUGCGAGGGAGCGCAGCUGCACCGCACCAGCAUCAGUGUCUGGCACAACGUGCAGUACUGGCACCUCAUACGCACAGAGAAACUGGUGGUCCAGAAGUCAGGCAACACCCCAUUUGACAUGGACCAGUUCCGAAUGCUCUUCAACACGUGCAAAGUGCCAGGCAUCACCAAAGACAGCAUCAUUAACUACUUUAGAACAGAGAGUGAGGGUCCAUGUCCAUCUUACCUGGUGGUGAUGUGUCGAGGGAGAAUCUUCACUUUUGAUGCAUUGUGUGACGGCCACAUAUUAACCCCACCUGAAUUCCUGAGGCAGCUCACUCACAUCAAGCAGAUGUGCGAGGGCCAGCCGUUAGGGCAGGGGAUAGCAGCUCUCACCACAGAGGAGAGGACACGCUGGGCCAAGACGCGAGAGCACCUGAUCUCUCUGGACCCAGCCAAUGAGAGCAUGCUGGAGACCAUCCAGAGCAGCAUGUUCGUCGUCUCCCUGGACGACAGCAAGCCCUACGCUACAGCUGAGAACUACUCUCCGAUGACGGUUCAGGCCCUGACAGGUGACCCGACUGUCCGCUGGGGGGAUAAGUCCUAUAACUACCUGUGUUUCGCUGAUGGCACCUUUGGCUCCAACUGUGAUCAUGCCCCCUAUGAUGCCAUGACCCUCAUCACCCUCUGCUACCACGUGGACCAGCAGCUCAAGGCCUCCAACGGCAAAUGGAAGGGUUCAGAUGUGGUUCGUUUGUUGCCUCUACCUGAGGAGCUGGUGUUCACUGUAGAUGAGCGCAUCACGAGGGACAUCAGCAUGGCCAAGCAGCAGUACUACACAACGACUCAGGAUCUGCAGGCCGUGACGUAUGCCUUCACCUCCUUUGGCAAGACGGCCAUAAAGAAGAGGAAGCUGCACCCGGACACGUUUGUACAGCUGGCCCUGCAACUGGCCUACUACAGACUCCACCACAAGUCAGGAUGUUGCUAUGAGACGGCCACCACGCGGAGGUUCUAUCACGGCCGUACGGAGACCAUGAGGCCCUGCACCCCCGAGGCACAGAGCUGGUGCCGCCUCAUGCUAGACCCCAACGCUAAAGGGGAUGCUAAGAGGGCAGCUCUGCAGAAAGCAGUCGACAAGCACAACAAACUGAUGGCAGAGGCACAGCAAGGAAAAGGCUUUGACAGACACCUGUUGGGCCUGGCCCUGCUAGCGAGAGAGGAGGGACUUCCUACUCCACAGAUCUUCACUGACCCUCCAUUUGCCACAAGUGGUGGCGGUGGCAACUUCACCCUGUCCACCAGCCUGGUGGGUUACACCACAGUGCUUGGAGCCGUCGCCCCCAUGGUCAACCACGGCUACGGAUUCUUCUACCAGAUCCGGGAUGAUAGGAUUCUGGCGUCGUGUACGGCCUGGAAGUCAUGUGCGGAGACCAACGCGGAGGCUCUCUUCCACAGCCUCACCACUACCCUGCACGAGAUGCUGGCUCUCACUACGCUCUCAAACCUGUGAAUAACCAUCAUCACCCUCAGACCACCUCCCUCUCAGACCACCUCCCUCUCAAACCACCUCCCUCUCAGCUCACCUCCCUCUCAGACCACCUCCCUCUCAGACCACCUCCCUCUCAGACCACCUCC